GAAGAAACAAAAAAGCUGUCGCCAUUUGUGGCCAUAGCAACGCUUGUUCAGAAAUAAUAUUUCCAUUUGGCAUUUUCUAGAUACAUAUGGAAAUUGUACUUCAAUAAACUAAGUUUAGUCGUGGCCUAAUAGAGUAUUUUGUUGUAUUUCAGUCUUCUGGCUAUUUUAGAUUCAUUUGUCAUACCAGGAAUACUAAGAUGGCGGAUUACGUCGACGAAGCUCAUCAUAUAGUCGAUGUAGCAAUUGAAAAUGCUUGCAAACGAUUGCUCGAGGAACCCAGUUUGCAAAACAAGGAAAAUGAUAGGGAUCUUAAUUAUAACGGAAAUGGUGAUUUAGUUGCCAAAGAGGCAAAAGAUAUGUACUUAGAUAAACUUGGUAAAAUAGACAGUAAAACGUUUGCUGAAAUACCCAACAUAACCUGGAUGAGUAUAGGGGAUUUCACUGUGGAUGGUGGACUGAACAAAAUAGAACAAUUCAUUGAGGUUUGUGUGAUAUUAGCUGACUUCUUAUUAGAAGACGGAUUUCUGUCUGAGAUGGAAGACGAGAAACUCAUCCAGAUAUAAAUUCGGU